GAUUACGACUGGAGGAGACUAGCUCAGAGAGUGAGGGAGGCUGUGGGCGUGUGAUAUUGGUUAGUGCACCCGCGCCGGCCGGCGGUACAUCAUUCAAUUUCAUUAUACACCAAAUUAUCAACCAACCUUUAAUGGAAACAGUGUUUUAAAUUAACAACAUUAGUGCCGGCACAUUCGAACAUUGAACUGCUUCAAAAAAUAUAUCGACAAGUGAAAAAAUACCAAAAAUUUUAUAAUUUUUGUAGUGCAUAUUUUUCUGUGAUUUUAAAAACUGUGAGAAAAAUGUCCGAGGGUUUGGAAUACGAGACCAUUGUCCAGAAUGGGCCUAAAAAAGUAACCAUGACGACCGGUUUGGAUCGGGACACGAUCCGCUCAGCGUACGAGGACGUGAGGUCCGACGCUACUCCCACAGAAUGGGCUGUGUUCAAGUUCGACGGAGCACGCAUUGUAUGCUCAGCGAGGGGCAGCGACUUCACAGAGUUCCGUACACAGUUCUCAGACGACGACCGUGCGUUUGGUUACCUUAGGUUGCAGAUGGGCGACGAAAUGUCAAAACGUAAGAAAUUCAUGUUCGUCACUUGGGUAGGGCCCAACGUUUCAGUCAUCAACCGGGCCAAGAUGUCCACCGACAAAGCCAUCAUCAAGGAUAUUAUCUCUAAUUUUGCAGUCGAGUUGCAGUUGGAAAGCCAAGCUGAAAUAGACAUUGACCAAUUCAAAGAUGCCUUGAACAGAGCAGGUGGCGCAAACUACGGGACCGGAGUGAGGGACUUAUGAAUUGCUCAGUAAAAUAAAACUGCCACUCUUGCCAGCAUUUAUUUUGUCCGUACCUAUACAUUUUUAAUGAAAAAGAUGAUAAAAAUAUGAAUUUGAUAACAGAAAAGUUUUCAAAUCAGUGGCAAGAGUUUAUUUUUUAUUAAAAAUUAAGCUAAUCGGGCCCCAAAUUACUUUUUAUACGAUAGUCAUGUGCUUUCGGUUAUUGUACGUAACUAUGUCGUUGUAAAUUAAUAAUUUAAUUCAAAAAACUUUAUUUUUUCGAGUUUAAAACUUAUUUAUUUUUGUUUACAAAGAAAUAAUAAAUUGGCUGGCAUUGUACCUCAAUUAUGUUUUCGGAUUUUAAUAAAAGUGCGAAUAACUGUAAUACAAGGCAUUGUGCAAUUAUUAUUUCGGUAUAGUAAUAUAGUAAGGUU